AUGAAGUACGUGGUCGUCAUCGGAGGAACCAUGAGCGGCAUAGGAAAGGGCACACUGCUGAGCAGUAUCGGCGUCGUCCUCCGCUCGAGAAACAUCUCAAUCUCAGCAGUUAAAAUUGACCCGUAUCUUAACCUGGAUGCAGGAACCAUUUCACCAAACGAACACGGAGAAGUGUACGUACUCCACGACGGAGGAGAAUCGGACCUGGACUUGGGCAACUACGAAAGAUUCCUCAACCUACAGCUGACGAAAAACCACAGCUUGACCUCAGGAAAGGUGUACAGUCGAGUGUUCGAAAAGGAGAGGAAGGGAGACUUUUUGGGAAAAACAGUACAGGUAGUCCCACACAUCAUCCAAGAAGUGAUCAACUGGAUAGAGGACGUGUCAAAGAAGAACGUCGACAGGCUGGGAUGGAGAGACCCGGAAAUGUGUCUGCUUGAAAUAGGAGGCACGGUGGGAGACAUCGAGUCGGAAGUGUACGUGGAGACGAUCCGACAGCUUAAGCUGACGCUAGGGAAUGAAAACGUUUGCCUCUGCCAUCUCUCCUACGUGCCAAUAGUGGGAAGGGAGGACGAGCAGAAGUCAAAGCCAACACAACACUCAGUGAAGGAGUUCAGCACUGGAAACAGUAGUCUAAUGGUGAUACAGGCCUUGCUCCAAAGAGGAUUACAACCUGAUAUGAUUUUCUGCCGCUGCCCAAACGAAUUGACAGCUGAAACGAAGAGGAAGAUAGCCUUUUUUACACAAGUUCACUACAAACAUGUGAUAAGCGUACACAAUACCACCGACUUGUACCAAGUUCCACUGAUGUUGGACGAACAGAAAGUAGCAGAGUCGAUACUGGAGCUGCUUAAGUUUAAGCCAAACAAUUCGAUUCCAAUGCCGCCAGAGUACUCGAUGAAGCACUGGAGCACCUUCUGCGAAAAUCCGAACAACGAAAAGGUCACAGUGGCAAUGGUGGGAAAGUACAACGCAUCGACAGACACGUACCUGUCAGUGUUAAACGCACUAAAGCACUCGGCACUGGAGUGUAACCUCAAGUUGAACCUGAAGUGGAUAGACUUUGCAGAAUUAAAGGAAGCAGUUACAGCAGCAUUAAAUAAAUACAUUAUAGAAUACGGAUCUAAGAAGUUUGAGGAUAACUUUAAGGGCGUGGACGGAGUAUUGAUACCAGGAGGAUUUGGAACGAGGGGACUAGAUGGGAAGAAGUUGUCAGUGAAGUAUUGCAGAGAUAAAAAGGUGCCGCUCCUGGGAAUAUGCCUAGCACUGCAGCUGACAGUAGUAGACGUGGCACAGGAAUUUGAACCAAAAGCAUGCCACGGAGAAGACUCGUCAGUACCAGCAAAGUAUCACGCAGUGUCGCUGAUGCCAGAGUACGAAGGAAAAAAUAAUAAGGGAGCGUCAAUGAGACUAGGAGCGAAAGAAACUAAACUUAUCAAAGGAACAAUAGCAUACGACCUCUACGACCACAAGGACGUGAUAGUGGAAAGACACAGACACAGAUACCAAGUAAACCCAGCAUACGAAGAAAGACUGGAAAAACACGGAGUAGUCUUCUCAGGAAGAGACCCAGUCCACAACAGAGUUAGCAUACUGGAGUUGAAAGAUCACCCAUUCUACCUGUGCACACAGUUCCACCCAGAGUACACGUCGACGCCAAUUAAACCAAGUCCACCAUACCUAGGAUUCAUACUAGCAUGUAAAAAUAGACUUAAAGAAAGACUGGAUAAAAACGGAGGAAAGCUACUGUCAGGAUCGUCAUACCACAAAGACAAAUGA